UUUCUGCUUCAAAAAUGGAGUUUAUCGUAGACGUUCAAGGUUUUAAAAGAGCCAACAACGAGUUUGUCUUUAAAGAGUUGGCGAUACUUCCUCUUCAACCAGAUGCACAGCCUCUCGUUUACCUUUUUGAACCUCCUUGUCCUUGGAAUUCACUGCCAGGACGCUACAAAAGUGAAAAUCUUUGGCUAACACAUAAUUACCAUGGAAUCCAUUGGACAGCUGGAGAUGUCUCAUACGAUGAACUUCGACCAAUUCUACAAGAUAUACUUCGAAGUGCAAGUGUAAUUUACGUUAAAGGUUUAGAAAAAAAGAAUUGGCUAGAAAAAUAUUUACUCAACGUACAAAACUUAGAAGAUUUUAAUUGUCCAUCGUUGAAAAAAAUCAAGUAA